AUGAUUGUCUGUCUGAUCAAACUUGCUGUUUACAUCACACAAGAGAAAACAAGGGAAUUUUGUGAAAUGCUACUGGUUUUAUCUAUUAUCCCAGACCUCCUCCGUCACUCCUCUCAGCUUGCGUUCAUCGCUCUAUAUCUUAUCAACGCCAAGAUGAAUGUUGAAAAGCUACAGAAGAUGGCAGGUGCUGUGCGCACUGGUGGGAAGGGAAGCGUGAGAAGAAAGAAGAAGGCUGUACAUAAAACAACCACCACAGAUGACAAGAGGCUGCAGAGCACUUUGAAGAGAAUAGGUGUAAACGCAAUACCAGCAAUUGAGGAAGUUAACAUUUUUAAGGAUGAAACAGUUAUCCAGUUCUUAAACCCUAAAGUUCAAGCCUCUAUUGCUGCCAACACAUGGGUUGUUAGUGGUACUCCUCAAACAAAGAAAUUACAAGAUAUUCUCCCUGGCAUUCUCAACCAGCUUGGGCCAGAUAACUUGGAUAACUUGAGAAAGUUAGCAGAGCAGUUCCAGAAGCAGGUGCCAGGUGGCGCUGAAGCCGCUGCUGCCACAUCAGCACAAGUGGACGAUGAUGAUGAUGUCCCAGAACUUGUGGCAGGUGAAACCUUUGAGGCUGCUGCUGCAGAGGAAGGACAAAAGUCGUAGGUUCUUUGAGGAAUAUGUAUGGUGUUUAUUAGUCAUUUUGUUCUACUUGUUUUGAUCAAUUCGCUCUCUAAAGUUAUUUGUAAAAUUUUCCACUAUUUAUAAUCCCCUAACUCCAUCUUCAAUUGUAAUACCAAAAAAACCAAAAUUGUAACUUUCAACUGUCAAAUCAUGAAAUUUACACAUAAAAUAGACACAUGUUGGCUAUAAUAACUUGGUG